UCCCGUUCAUUGCGUCCCUUCAUUCUCUCCCUCACUAUUCUGUAGAGAACUCAAAAUACCCCCAAAUAUCCUCUCUCUCACUCACAAAACCCUAAAUUCGAUUUUUAAUACUUUAAUUAAUCCCCGUUUUGAAUCAAUUUCCGGGAUCAAAAAAUCUGGAAAAAGAUGUCGACUCCUGUGAAAUCCCCAAAACCAUCACGAUCCGAAAAUUCAAAUCCGAAUCAGUGUGCUCUAACUAGUCCUUUGCAGAAGAAAUCUCCAUUGAUCUGUAAUAAGUCUGAGAAACCGAAGAAAUUUGGUCUGAAGAGUUUAUUGAAUGUUUCUCCACGAAACAAGAUCCAGGAAAGAAAAUUUGUAGUUGCAAAGAAAAACCCUAAAAAGGCAUCUACAUCAACCUCAGAAGUUACCUGUAAAUGUAGAGAUAAGAAGAAGAUGGAUGAUAAUCUGAAGAAAUGUCCUUGUAUUGCUUAUCAAACACUUAGGGCUUCUCAAGAGGAUUUUUUCAGGAAUCGGAGUCUUUCGGUACAGGAAUCGGUUGAUGUACAUGAAUCCGAAGAAUCAAAGAGAGUUGCUGAGAUCGAAGAAGAGCAGGAGAAGAAAUUGAAUGAGUUUCUUAGCGGAGAAGAUGAAAUUGAAGAAGAAGUUAAAACCCUAGAAACCCUAGAAAGUAAUGAGGAUUCAUUAAAUUCACCAACUAUUCAACAAUCUGAAGAUUUGGAAGGAGAGAAUGAAAUGGGAAGUUCAAAAAUAAAGAGAAGAAGAGCAAGAGUACUUGAAGAAGCACGGAGCAGUGUACCGGAUUUGGGGUCUGGAAAGGUACAGCACUUGGUGAAGGCUUUUGAGAGUCUACGGUUUAUCCCCAAGAGAUCAACGCAGAAGGAAGGAGGAGAAGAAGGAGAAGGUACAGAGAAGGAAGAAGAAGAAGAAGAAGAAGAAGAAGAAGAAGAAGAAGAAGAAGAAGAAGAAGAAGAGGAUGUUAAGAAGGGAAUGAAAUGGGCAUUACCUGGUAUUCACCAACCAAAAAUACUUUCAGAGAAGAAAUUUUCUGCAGAAUCUUUCUGCCCAGCUGAGAAGUUCUCCUUCAAAUUGGGCACGUUUGAUAUUGGAUCGGGUGUGUCUUCUUCUUAUGAUAGCAGUCAAGGAAGCAAAAAUUCAACUGGAGGUGGCAGAAGGAGUCGGAGAAAUAGUUCUGAUUCUUCUGGAGCAUCUGGUGUAAGGAGAUGGAGGAAAAAACAACAACUUAAAGUCACUAGUCAAAAGCCAUUCAAGCUUAGAACUGAGCAACGAGGGAAACAUAAAGAAGAGGUAUUCGUAAAGAAAGUACAGGAAAUGUUUACGGAAGAGGAGAAGCAACGUAUACCCAUUGCGCAAGGCCUUCCAUGGACAACAGAUGAACCAGAGCAUUUGAUAAAGCCACCAGUAAAAGACAUCACGAGGCCCAUUGACUUGAAACUUCACAGUGAUGUUCGAGCAGUUGAGCGUGCAGAUUUUGAUACUCAGGUUGCAGAGAAGUUAAGCUUACUUGAACAGUAUAGAAUGGAAAAGGAUAGGCAGCAAAAGUUGGAAGAAGAGGAAGAAGUCAAGAGGUUGAGGAAGGAGCUAGUUCCAAGAGCUCAACCAAUGCCAUACUUUGACCGCCCUUUUAUUCCUAAAAGAUCAGUGAAGCAUCCAACAGUUCCAAAAGAACCAAAAUUUCAUAUUCCUCAUCACAAGAGGAUCAAGUGCAUGUCCUGGAGUGACGUGAGCAGCAUAUGCUGAGUUGGGAGACAUGAGAUGAGAAGAAGAAGAAAGAGAUGAAUGAUUGGUGAUGUAAAACAUUACUUGACCUUGAAAAGAAAAAGACAGAAUUUUUUCACCAUUGAUCGAUCGAUCAUUUGUUCUCCAUUUUUUGAACUUUUUACCAGUACAUUUAAAGAUCAUUCUGUGACAGUUUCUUUUAUUUUUUUUUGUUUGUGUAUGUCAAGCAAAAGCAAUAGCUUUAAUUGCAAUGUUUCUUGAGAAAUCUUUGACU